AGCAAGGGUUAAAUUUGAUGAACAAUCGAAACUGAGGUCCGGGGGAUUGUUUUUCUUACUAUAAAAGGCCUUCAUCUUGGAUCGAAGAGUUGUUUUAUGGUUGCCUUUUAACACAGAAUGGUCAAUUCAUGUUCAACGCGUUUUACUCAAUCUAACGCUUAAACAGAGUCGAUGACAGUUUUAAAGAUGUCUUACUUGUGCAUCUUGUGAAGCAGCAUAUUUAAAAAUUAUUUGUGGAUGGGAACGUUUUCAACUCGGUCUGAAAAAAAUAUCAAAGCGUUUCGAGCUAAAGUCUACUGUUUUCACAAUGAACCUUAUCGGGAGCUACCAACACCAUCAUAUGGUACACGAAACGUUCCCAUUUGUUCAACGGUGCCAUCAAGAAGCCCAAUUUUUUCCAGGCUGGGUCUUAAACCACGGCGAAGUCUCUCCGGAUUUCCAGAUCCAUCAUUACAAUGCGGAUUUAGGGGUCCCAGGGCCAGCACAGGAUCACAGGCACUUCGAGUCCUUCUCGGGCCGAAUGGGAAAGAGACGAGGAGCCGCUCCCAAAAAAGAGCGGCGCAGGACUGAGAGCAUCAACAGCGCCUUCGCCGAGCUCAGAGAAUGUAUCCCCAAUGUGCCGGCGGACACCAAACUGUCAAAAAUCAAAACACUGCGACUGGCAACCAGUUACAUCGCCUACCUAAUGGACGUGCUGGCCAAAGACGGCCAGACAGGAGAGACAGAGGGCUUCAAGGCGGAGAUCAAGAAGUUCGACAGCAGGGAGAUUAAAAGGAAACGAGAACUGAAUGAAGACCCCCAAGCAUCUUUAAUAAACGACAAGAAACUGAAAGGAAGAACAGGCUGGCCACAGCAAGUGUGGGCUUUGGAGCUCAAUCAGUGACCUUUGCUAAUGCCGGGCAGAGUCGAGCCAGUCGGGUCGGGUCGGGCUCGUCUGACUAGGAGUACAACCACUGGUCCAAAUAGUCGUGCAAUCUUCGUAAAGGCCGAGUCUGACCCCGUGAGAGAGCGCAACGAGGAGGAUGACACCGCAGACUGAGGAAGGACCCGCAGAGGUCUGCUCCUGCACACCGGGCUGCUGCUGGCAAUCACUGGAGCCUUCACUAUGCUCUCUUAUCGCCUUGAACUCCUGUAAACAUUUCUUUUAAAACGGUGACAUACUAUUAUUACGUGUCCAAAAACGCUUAGAUGGCUACAGAAGCUAUUGACUCUCCAUUCAAUUUAAUAAAAUCGUCACGUUUGAAAAGUCCAUUGUGUUGCAGCCAGAUGAACUUCUGUAAUUUUAUUAUACUGAACUUGAUAAAUGUCUUCGACUACCUCCUGUUUCUGACGACAUUAUACAGGUAACAAAACGGAAAGACAAAUGUAGUUAAUUAUCCUUGAAGUUAAAUGUAUUCAGUGCAAAAAGGACAAAUAUGUCCGCCGGGGUAGCUGUGCCUUCGAAGGAAAACAAAAAACAGAAAAAAACAGAAAAACAGACAAUCGAAACGCACUGAACAAGAAGAGGCGAGAGGGAUUUGCUAUUCAUUAAGUAGACGUGCAAUUAUUGCAGUCAUUUUUAUUUUAUCUGGGAUAAAAUGAAAUGUCAAUAAAUAUUACUAUGUACAAGAG